UGCUCUCCACUCACUCACCCAUCAUCGGGUCAUAAACAUGAGAAUUUCAAAUGGAUCAUUCAGCACUACUUCUAUUGUCAUUCUUGUUUUCGUGGACAUUCUGCACGCUCGCAGUGAUUAAGCUGCUGCUGCCUUCGAUUGAUUAGUCGUUCAGCAAAAAGUGCCUGACCCCCCCUCAGGCCUUCGUUGGUUUGAUGUUUGGACACUAAAUGCUUUCAGAUCCUCAAACUCACACUCAUCUCUGCAUACGGGCUUUGGCAGCAGCCGCGGCGUUUUGGGAGGCGCUCUGGUCGCUCGCCUUCUCGCCCACAUUUACAUGAAAAAGAUGAUUCCUGCCCCACUGCUGUAAAGAUUUAAACAAGUCAUAAAAGUCUCAAACAGCUGUUUUAACUUUCAACAUAGUUCAGCCAAGUCCUGCAAAGUGGCAUCAAGACUUUUGUCUUCCUGUGGGAAAAAGAAGAGCACAUUUUUACAUUUAAAAGGGUUUUUUUUUGUCUGGAUUGCAGUUUUUCUGCAUGUUUGCCUUUCAAACAUUAACUUCCUGAAGCUUCUUGGCUUUUAAACAUUAACUUCAUGAAAACAGAUAAGAGUCUUGGUGUCAGUUCAAAGAAACAUUCAUUCACUUGUUAUUCCUGUGCUCAAAGAUCUGAGCACAGCCAGCAAAGCCCCGACCGAGUAUUUGUCUCAGCAGAGGCGAGCAGGUUCUCAGUAGAGAUGCAGCAGACCCUUCCCUUAAACCGUCUGACUCCUGCUGAGCUCAGGCUUCUGAUCCGGCAGAAAGAUUCCAGAAUCGGAACCACAUCUGGACUGGCUUACGGCUUCCAGCAGGCCAACCUGCUCAUCCUGCCCAGCCGCCUGGCCAAUGACUUUGAGGACUUCUGCCAUAGAAACCCCGCCCCAUUGCCUCUUCUGUACCGCAGCAAACCAGGAGAGACUUCCUGUCCGCCUCUGGCCGGGGGUGCUGAUGUCAGGACGGAUGUUUCUCAGUACUGUGUGUACGAGGAGGGCCGUCUGGUCAAAACCAUCUCCAGUCUGCAGAGCUACAGUCCGCUGAGCUCUUCCCCGGAUGUGAUGUCAGAGAUGGUGAGCUUCUAUCUCGGUUGCAGCUUUGGCUUCGAAGGCAAACUGAAGGAAGCCGGCGUUCCUGUGAGGAAUGUGGAGCAAGGCAGGAACGUCAGCAUGUACAGGACUUCCAUCAGCUGCAUCCCUGCAGGAGCCUUUCACUGCCAUCUAGUGGUCACCAUGCGUCCAGUCCCAGCUGCUUUGCUGGACACAGCAGUGGAGGUCACUCACCUGAACCCACUCGCUCAUGGAGCUCCCGUGCACAUAGGAGACGCAGCUCUCUUAGGCAUUCAGGACCUGUCCAAACCAGACUACGGGGAUCAGGUGGAUCUGCAGCCCGGUGACGUUCCUGUGUUCUGGGCCUGCGGGGUCACUUCCAUUGAGGCGGUGCUGUGCAGCAAGCCGCCUUUGGCCUUCAGCCACUCCCCAGGCCACAUGUUUCUGACCGACAUCCCAGACUCUCCAGACUCCACCAUCGCUGCUUCGGACAUCACCAACACUCCUCGCCUCAAACCCAGUCCUGAGCUGAUGCCUCUCUGCUUCCCCAUAUCCCAGAAUCCUUUGCUGUACAGCCUGGCCUCAAAGGCAGCGGUGGAAAGAAUCCGGCAGCUGGAGAUGAUCAUUGGAGAAGACCCAGGUCAGCGGGGCAUUCGAGCUUUGUUUGUCCAGGAUGAACUCCUGCGUUCCUGCCUGGCACUGUCUCACUCCUCCUCUGUUGCCAUAACAACAGGAUUUCCUACACACUACAUGCACAGCCCCCCUGAUGAGACAGACGGUCCUCCUGGAGCCAUCGCCAUAGCAACCAUGUUGCUGUCUCUGGGAAAAGACGUAACGCUGUUGACGGACAGGAGAGCUGUGGAGAUGACCGGUGCCAUGGUGGACGAGGCCGUGAGGACAGGUGUGCUGAAAGCCGCCAUCCCGGUGGUCACUUUUGAGGGCAGCGGGCCCGAGGCAGCGCAGAACUUCCUGUGUCACCAUGGCGACACCAGCAAGCCCAGGUUUGACCACCUGGUGGCGAUAGAGCGCAGCGGGAGAGCAGAAGAUGGAAACUAUUACAACAUGAGAGGAAUCAACAUCAAACAUCUGGUGGAUCCCAUUGAUGAUCUGUUCAUUGCUGCCAGGACGAUCUCAGGUGUUUCAACCACAGGAAUAGGGGAUGGAGGCAACGAGCUGGGGAUGGGCAAAGUGAAGCAGCAGGUGAAGAGCCUGAUGCCCAUGGGGGAGGUGGUGGCCUGUGACGUUCCUGCUGAUUUUGCCAUCACUGCAGGUGUUUCAAAUUGGGGGGGUUACGCGGUGGCCUGCGGGCUGUACUUGCUGCACACCUGUCCAUCUCACCGCCGUUACCUGAGGAAAGGUCUGGGACAGGAAGCUGCCCCCACCAGUGAGCAGUUGCAGGACUGGAGCUCCUGCCUGCCAUCUGUGGAGAAGGAGGAGACCUUCCUGUCCACUUUGGUGCGUUUGGGAAUACGAAGUGGGAAAACGGGGAACCUGGGCAUGGAGGUGGACGGCCUGACCUUUCACCCCACUCACUCCAGUCUCAUCAGCAGGCUGCUGGAGGCCACGCUGGGCUCCGCACAGAUCAGUUGAGCAGCAGCUCCGGCUCAGGUGCCUAAGCGUAGCAGAAGGCAGGAGAUUAUGCAGUGUUGCCCUGGUUACCUUUCAGCUUGCUCCUUUGAUUCCUCGCAGACGCAGCUGUUUUCCUUACUAGUGAAUACACCUGAGAGAAGCCUGUUUUAUAUUUAAACUGUUUGUGUGUGAUUGUUCUGCAUUGGCUGACUGAUACCUGUAAUAAAUCAAUUCACCCAGGCACUGACUGAAAGAAUGUCCAUCCAUGUUUUUGUGAAGACAUGGAUGUCUGCAUGUUUUCAGAAGGAAACAAGAUGGUCCGGAAGAAAAUCCGUUAGAGCUUGUUGCAGAAUGAAAUGUCCAACACAGAAGAAGUUAUUGCUCAAUAUAAAAAUCCUUUAUAAAUGCUGAUCUGA